CACACUAUGCAAGCCUGUCGCGACACGCCAUGGCGCUAUAUGUGAGUGGGGCGCGCUCUCGCGAGCCCAGUUGAUUGGUGAUUGAUUGUGAUUGAGUGUGAUCGAUUGACGGGAUUUGAUUGGCUGACGAACGCCAUUCCCUCGGGGCUGGAUCACCGAACAGGGACGUUCGACACCGAAACACGGCCCCACCUUGUGGGCGAACGAGAGAAAACAAAUCGUGCUGUGUUUAUUUGUUAUGCGACCGAAGAGAUUCGUCCAUGGGAAAACCAACCUCACGUUUGGCUGUCGUUACAACGGAAUAUUCAAGUUUAAUCACAAUGUUUUAAUAUUUCCCGUUGUAAGGCGUACGUAUGAUACACCGGGACUAUAAAUUUCCUGUGUAUGUAACAGAAUAUACCUAUACGGGCAGUGCGGCAACAUCAAAGUGGAGUGAAUAUUCCGUGUCAGUAGGUACAAAGAGGGGCCUCCGACGGGGUAUCUAAAACCAAACCACGGAAGCGAGAAUGGAAAAUACACCGAUAAACCUUGAGGCCCUAGAGAGAACUGCAGCAUGGGUCCAGCAAGUUUCUCAGAUGAAGGGAGAAACUAUGGAGGAGGAUCCCCUACCUCCGGACAGCGGAUUGGACGAAACAGAAAAUGGAGGCGGAGAACCGCUCAGCCAGUUCCACAAUAUCUACCAGCAACUUCAGGACCAGUUCAACACUUCAUCAGGGAGUGAAGUUGAUAUACCAAGUACAGUUAAAGAAUUCAAAGAUGUUUUGGAGAAAUUUGGUAUCUCACAGCGGUUCGCAGCUAAGAAUAUCAUGGAGAAAACCAGUCAGGGGAAUCUAAGCUUCCUGUUGGACAAAGGUCGUAACAAACAAUGGCACGAGCUGAGUCCGCGUGGCCGGGUUCCCUAUGUACGCAUGCGACGAUGGCUGGACAGUACAGAUGAACAAAAACACACAAUGUCUCUUCUACAGAAAACCAAGGAAUACAAGAAGACGGGUCCCAAGGAUGGGUUUGGUCGCCGGGAAAAGUUCACUGUAUUCCAGUUGAUGGUUCUGUGUCGGUUCUUUGAGGAAGACCCAAAUCCAAACUUGUCAACCAGAGCACUACUUGCUGAGAAACUUGGUGCCCCUGUUGAUAGAAUCACCAUCUGGUUUCAGAAUCAACGUGCAAGAGGGUUCCCAGCAAAGAAAAUGCUUAGCCAAUCAAAUUUCUCCAGAAAGGCUCCUGGUGCUAUGGACACAGUUACCUCAUCUACAAGCAGAACUGAUGCUAGUUUACAAGCUGCAAACUUUCCACCUAGUCACAUGUCGCCGUUUAGCCUCUCGACUCAUCUAUUACAAAAUAUGUCGCAUCUACCUCCGAGUUUACAAGGUCAAAAUUCUUCUAGUCUUUCCUCUUCAGACCUCUCUGACUCUUUCCGCGGUCAGUCAUUACCCAUGGCAGCCCAUGCCAACAGUAAGCUGUAUGUAAACCGACUUUUACCAGCUCAUCUACAAGGUCAAGGUCAUUUAAACAGUCAAGGUCAUUUAAACGGUCAAUGUUAUUCUUCACGAGAGCAGAAUCAUUUGCCUGACAGUACAAUGAUGGAAGCAUCUUCACAGUCCGAUAUAAAACAAAAGUCUAUCAAGGUAGAAUUUCGGCAGAAGUGUGAAAUAAGUGAUGAAGCUAAGGAUAGAAUCAAGGAAGAACAGCCUCUGAACUUCUGUACAAACAAUAAUACCAACACAUAACAUGUGUUUGACUUGAUAGAUUACGGUGAAGGCUACAAGUUGAACCUAGUCAAAUAUCCAUCUUUCUCCUGAUGAUGAUGUGAUGAAACAAUUACGGUUUGGGCAUUUUUGUUUGAGGAAAAUUCUGUAUUACCAAGAACCAUCAAAGUCUGAAAUUGUCCGUCUUCUGUAAAAAGAAAAUUAUUCUGAGAUCCUCUUUGUCCAAUACAUGUAAUAAGAAUUCAAUGUCUAGAUGUUCUGAAACUACUUUUUUUCUGAUAAAUUGUCACUAUUUUGUAUUUUACAUAAUUUCCUGUUGAUUGUCCUAUAAUGAUAUCAUUUAAUUGAACACCCAUGGCCAGUGUAUGCCAAAUUCACAUAUGAACGUCAUAUCAUUGUUAAAAAUUACUGUUUCACUAUCUUGUAAUAACCAGCCCAACCGCUACUUUGAGUCAGUCGAGGUUUCUUGUUGACUACCGUGGACAAAUUUGGUAUAUUAGAAACCCAGGUUUGUUCCAGAUAUGCUCAAAUUAAGUGUGUUUCACUGUUAUCAAAAUCGUGAAUGAGGAUUUUUCAUGAAAGGAAAUUAUUUCUGUGCUGAAUUUGAGAGUAAUGACAAAUAUUUAUUUUGUAAUAUUGGUUAUAUUGUGAAUUAAUACUUGUAAUUAUUGCCUCAAUCCUGUGAAUAUGGGAUUGUUUGGCAUACAACAUUUUGUAUACAUGAAAUACUUGUGGGUUCUUUUUUUCACAAUUUUAUGUUUACAAUCUAUUUUAUAGAUUUAAAUAUUUUUGUGGUUAGUUGAGGAAAUGAAGCUAGAUAUUAAUUUCUUGAUAUGAUGUCUAUUUAAGUUCUACAGUGACCACAACCAUUGUGUGCUCUAUCAUCAUAAGUCAAAUUAAUUGUUAUAUCUUAUACAUGUGUUUUAUUUUAUGUCUCCCUUCAAAUGAAAAGAGACAUAUUAUAUUGGUAGUGGUCCUUUGUCUAAUAUUUACUUGUCAGGGCCAUAACUUUUGAACCGUUGGAAGAUAUGUUUAUGAAACUUAGAUACUUGCAUCACUUAAAGCUGAUGUGCAGUGCUCUGUCGUUAGGUCACUGUGACCUUAUAACUUCAGUGUCAAAGGUCAAAUAAGUGCAAAUUUUACAAAAUUUCUUGUCUAGACCAUAACUUUUAAACCAAAAAAAAACAUGGUAACUUCGUCCAAAUCAUCAUUGGACAUUUCUUCCAAAUUAGGUAAAUGACUGGCAGCCAUCUUGGUUUAUACCUAUUUGUCUAUUGGAGUAAUAAUUUUUGCUGGAGAUUUCGAUCUGUUGGACAGAUAAGAUUUCGUCAGAAACACAAAGUCAAUUUGACCAGCAUAGCAUAAUGACUAUAAGUAAUGCAAAAUUGAAGUUAUGAUCAGGUACGAAAUUGAAGUUAUGAUCAGGUACGAAAUUGAAGUUAUGAUCAGGUACGAAAUUGAAAGGCUUACAUUUUUUUGAGAUCACUCAUUUGUGACAAUGCUAAGUACAUACUUUAGUUCAUUUAAAUCUCAGAUGAAAUAUUUAGAUAAUUUUGAAAAAAUGUUGUUAGUUACUGUUGUUGAAUUGUUUAAAAGUGCUAGUUUUAAUGUAUUACAUGACAAAGUCAAAAUUUUCUCAGUUUGACCGGAAAACUGUAACUUUAUAUUUAUAUAUAAAUAUUGCUCUGUGCUUAUCCGGCAAUAAGCCCAUGUCUGGCAGAAGGCCCAUGUGUGACAAUAAACCCAUGUUUGACAAUAAGCCUAUAUCUGGCAAUAAGCCAGUUCGGUUAUAAGCCCAUCACCAAUACUUUUAGUCAUACAAGUUUACAUGCUGGGACCCUGGGCUUUUUGUGGGAUAAAUAAGUAUACAUGUAGCAGUAUCUAUUUAUGACUUGUGAAGUUAAAAUUUAUUAACUUUUCUAACACUAUCAGUCUUUUUUAACAUGUUAUAUCAUCAGGUACAUUUUUAUGAUUUUAUCAUAUUCAUAACUUGUAAUUUCACUUCUGAAUGCAGAAUGUAACAUUAAUACGUGUAUAUAACUGGCUAUUGUUUUAUUUAUUUAUUAUUUAUAUUUGUUACAAUCAUAUUGAAGUUGACGUUUCAACAUUACAACAUUCCAGGUAUGUUAAAUUAGUUUAUAUUUUGUGUUAGUGUGGCUGUUUUUAGUUCGGAUGUGACAUGGAUCCUUGUUCAUUUAUCAAAGGUUUUGCUGUCAUAGAUACAUGUAUGCAUUAUUUAAAUUCUUUUAUCGCUUGAUAACUACCCUAAAAUCAGUGUCAUGACACCAUUACAUAGAUUCUGUUAUGUGUACACAAAUAAUUUCUAGCCAACCUGUGAUUGGCCGGUUUUCAUUGCUUCAUUUGUGAUGUCAUUGCUUCGUGAUGCUGUCUUGCAUUGCAACGUAUCAUGACGUCAUCAAAAAGGAAAUGGGAAGAAAAUAUUGCUAUUUUAAAUUACACAUUUGUCUGAUAAAAUACUUUUUUUACGAAUGCUUGCAAAAAUAGCUAAGUAUAUAUGAUAAAUAGAAUCUUACAUGAGUUUCUCACAUGAAUUUCAACUCUGAAUCUUAUAAAUUCAUUUCACAUCGCCACAGACUCCAUGAAAUGAAAAAUUUGAUUCCUUUCAGAGAUCUGGUAUAAGAUAUAAACUCAUAUACCGGGGGUAAUAGGGUCUUCUUAUUGAUUUUGUAGCUCCAUCGUAAGUGGUUGAACGAAAGUCCUCCGUGGAAUCAAUAUUUUGUGACAUUGUCUUCACAUGCAGUCAACAUCAGACAUUGGAAUUUGCUGGAAAUGACACUGCAGCACCAUGGCAACAUGAGCAAUUGGAAUGGCAUUUUGUUUUUUUUUCUGAAAAUAUUGUGCAAUAAUUAUAAAUAGUCUGUUGGUUCUAGAUUUCAUUGGGUCAUAUAUAUUAUUGAAUACUUUUUAGCAUUGGUGAAUAUGGAUGUCUAUUCCUAUUAGUAUACAUGUAUUAUCCUCACCUUGGUGACAGUUAAUAUUACAACCUUCAGGUUAAUGAAUAUCCAUACCCACCUCUGUAAGAGACACUGAUCCUAUGUCCAGCACUAAAACCACUGUAUCAGGGUGUUACAUAAGGCCAAGCAUUUACAACAUGUUCAGAUUUCAUGUCAGUGCUUAUAAAAACUGAAUAUUCUCACUACUUAUAAAAACACUGAUCUAAGGAUAUUUAAAUUUCUAUCAGCUGUCUUAAAUAGAUUUUCCUGUUAAUCAAUUUGACUCUCUGACAUGUGUAUUUAAAUUUCAAUAAUUAUGAAAAUGUGUCACAAUUCCUAGUUACACUGUAAUAGUAAUUGUCAUUAAUACUCAUAAGUAGUGGACUAGUUAUGUUUUGUCUGUGUGUGUACAUGCCAGAAACCAUAAGUAACAAGUAAACAUGAAUGCUUAACAGAAUACUCAUUUCUUCAGAUUUGUAUUUGGAAUAAGAUAAAUUAUAUCAAAAGUCAUAAAUGCUACAUCCCUACACCUAAUUUGAAUGCAUUGCAUGUGGGUUUGGAUUUUCUCUUUUCCAAAAAAAUCCAUCCUUUUAUCAAUGCAUUCAGUCUUUGUUACUGUCAAAACCUCAUAAAUCUGGACAAUUUCUGUGUACAGUGAAAUUCAUUAGUCUGAAUACUUUCUGUGUACAGUGAAAUUCAUUAGUCUGAAUACUUUCGGUGUACAUUGAAACCUCAUAAGUCUGGACACUUUCUGUGUACAGUGAAACCUCAUAAGUCUGGACACUUUCUGUAUACAGUGAAACCUCAUAAGUCUGGACACUUUCUGUGUACAGUGAAAUUCAUUAGUCUGAAUACUUUCGGUGUACAGUGAAACCUCAUAAGUCUGGACACUUUCUGUGUACAGUAGUCUGGGCUCUUUUGUUGUACAGUCAAUGAAACCUCAUAAGUCUGGACACUUUCUGUGUACAGUAGUCUGGGCUCUUUUGUUGUACAGUCAAUGAAACCUCACAAGUAUGGACACUUUCUGUGUACAUUGAAACCUCAUCAGCAAAUCUUCAUUUAGUCAUGUUAUUUUCUGUCUCAUCCCUGGAAAACGAGAUUUACUUUCUAGAUGUAAUAAUAAGCCAUAAAUGUUCUUCAAUGCAAGCUGUACAGCAACUGCAACUUUGAUAUUGGCAUUGGUUAUGAUGAACAACUUUUGCUGAAUCAUUUAUAAAGGCUUACAUGAAUCACAGGGUCCUGUUUGUAUAGCAGCUGUGUAAGCAGUAUUGUGCUUUCUAUAUAAAGUUCUUUUGGUUAAAAUUAAUUUGUUUGUGGACCUCUGAACAGCCAGGGUAAUUUAAGGUGUGUUCUCAUUGUAGUAGCUGGUGGAUACCAUGCUGAAAAUCAAGUAGGAAGCCCAACAAUUACUAUCGGGAGCAUUUAGAUAAGUGUUCUGACACAGACAUGUAGAUAGAGGACAUUCUGUGAUCUCCGGAGAGCUAACUGCCCCGGUUGGGAAUUGAACCACACAUAACAUCUCUUCACCUAAGGUGACAGUACCCAAAUUAGAUCCGUACCCAAAUCGGAUCACUUUUCACAAAAAGCAAUUUUAAAUAAACUCUUGUGUUUACAUGCAUGAAUAAAAAAUAUGUAGUCUCGGCAUGCUUAACGAUAUAAUGUUUUUGUCUGUAGAUGAACAGAUUUAACAAAUUGUUGAAUGUUGUUACGUUGUUAAAAAGUGGUGUGUGCGAGGCAUAUGAUUAUGUUUUCACCUGAAAGAAAAAAUCUUGACUAAACAAAUUCUUUUCUAAAUAUGAAUUCCAAAGAUAAUUCUUAAAUAAUGGCACACUUACAAAAAAAAAGUGCACAAUAUUGAAAAAUUCAGUUUGUGAUCCGUUUUGGGUACUGACAAACGAGAAAAACCAGAAUCACUAAUUGAUGACGUCGGAGCAUUAUAAAAAUAGUUCAUGUGAGCUUCGGUGACAAUUUGCUUUUUGAAACACCCUUCGGUAUUCUUCUGAUAUAAUCAUUUUUAACAGAUUAACAAAAUGCUUGUUUGGUGAUCCGACUGGGUACUGCUACCUUAGGGUGAUAUUAGUCUGAUGAUCCGACUGGGUACCGUCACCUUAGGGUGAUAUUAGUCUGAUGAUCCGACUGGGUACUGCUACCUUAGGGUGAUAUUAGUCUGAUGAUCCGACUGGGUACUGUCACCUUAGGGUGAUAUUAGUCUGAUGAUCCGACUGGGUACCGUCACCUUAGGGUGAUAUUAGUCUGAUGAUCCGACUGGGUACCGUCACCUUAGGGUGAUAUUAGUCUGAUGAUCCGACUGGGUACCGUCACCUUAGGGUGAUAUUAGUCUGAUGAUCCGACUGGGUACCGUCACCUUAGGGUGAUAUUAGUCUGAUGAUCCGACUGGGUACCGCCACCUUAGGGUGAUAUUAGUCUGAUGAUCCGACUGGGUACUGCUACCUUAGGGUGAUAUUAGUCUGAUGAUCCGACUGGGUACCGUCACCUUAGGGUGAUAUUAGUCUGAUGAUCCGACUGGGUACUGCUACCUUAGGGUGAUAUUAGUCUGAUGAUCCGACUGGGUACUGCUACCUUAGGGUGAUAUUAGUCUGAUGAUCCGACUGGGUACCGUCGCCUUAGGGUGAUAUUAGUCUGAUGAUCCGACUGGGUACUGCUACCUUAGGGUGAUAUUAGUCUGAUGAUCCGACUGGGUACCGUCACCUUAGGGUGAUAUUAGUCUGAUGAUCCGACUGGGUACCGCCACCUUAGGGUGAUAUUAGUCUGAUGAUCCGACUUGGUACCGUCACCUUGGGGCGAUAUUAGUCUGAUGAUCCGACUGGGUACCGUCACCUUAGGGUGAUAUUAGUCUGAUGAUCCGACUGGGUACCGUCACCUUAGGGUGAUAUUAGUCUGAUGAUACGACUGGGUACCGUCACCUUAGGGUGAUAUUAGUCUGAUGAUCCGACUGGGUACUGCUACCUUAGGGUGAUAUUAGUCUGAUGAUCCGACUGGGUACUGUCACCUUAGGGUGAUAUUAGUCUGAUGAUCCGACUGGGUACCGUCACCUUAGGGUGAUAUUAGUCUGAUGAUCUGACUGGGUACCGCCACCUUGGGGUGAUAUUAGUCUGAUGAUCCGACUUGGUACCGCCACCUUGGGGCGAUAUUAGUCUGAUGAUCCGACUGGGUACCGUCACCUUAGGGUGAUAUUAGUCUGAUGAUCCGACUGGGUACUGUCACCUUAGGGUGAUAUUAGUCUGAUGAUCCGACUGGGUACUGCUACCUUAGGGUGAUAUUAGUCUGAUGAUCCGACUGGGUACUGUCACCUUAGGGUGAUAUUAGUCUGAUGAUCCGACUGGGUACCGUCACCUUAGGGUGAUAUUAGUCUGAUGAUCCGACUGGGUACCGUCACCUUAGGGUGAUAUUAGUCUGAUGAUCCGACUGGGUACCGUCACCUUAGGGUGAUAUUAGUCUGAUGAUCCGACUGGGUACCGUCACCUUAGGGUGAUAUUAGUCUGAUGAUCCGACUGGGUACCGUCACCUUAGGGUGAUAUUAGUCUGAUGAUCCGACUGGGUACCGUCACCUUAGGGUGAUAUUAGUCUGAUGAUCCGACUGGGUACCGUCACCUUAGGGUGAUAUUAGUCUGAUGAUCCGACUGGGUACUGCUACCUUAGGGUGAUAUUAGUCUGAUGAUCCGACUGGGUACCGUCACCUUAGGGUGAUAUUAGUCUGAUGAUCCGACUGGGUACCGUCACCUUAGGGUGAUAUUAGUCUGAUGAUCCGACUGGGUACCGUCACCUUAGGGUGAUAUUAGUCUGAUGAUCCGACUGGGUACCGCCACCUUAGGGUGAUAUUAGUCUGAUGAUCCGACUGGGUACCGUCGCCUUAGGGUGAUAUUAGUCUGAUGAUCCGACUGGGUACCGUUGCCUUAGGGUGAUAUUAGUCUGAUGAUCCGACUGGGUACCGUCGCCUCAGGGUGAUAUUAGUCUGAUGAUCCAACUGGGUACCGUCACCUUAGGGUGAUAUUAGUCUGAUGAUCCGACUGGGUACCAUCACCUUAAGGUGAUAUUAGUCUGAUGAUCCGACUGGGUACUGCUACCUUAGGGUGAUAUUAGUCUGAUGAUCCGACUGGGUACCGUCACCUUAGGGUGAUAUUAGUCUGAUGAUCCGACUGGGUACCGUCACCUUAGGGUGAUAUUAGUCUGAUGAUCCGACUGGGUACUGUCACCUUAGGGUGAUAUUAGUCUGAUGAUCCGACUGGGUACCGUCGCCUUAGGGUGAUAUUAGUCUGAUGAUCCGACUGGGUACCGUCGCCUUAGGGUGAUAUUAGUCUGAUGAUCCGACUGGGUACCAUUGCCUCAGGGUGAUAUUAGUCUGAUGAUCCGACUGGGUACCGUCGCCUUAGGGUGAUAUUAGUCUGAUGAUCCGACUGGCUACUGUCACCUUAGGGUGAUAUUAGUCUGAUGAUCCGACUGGGUACCGCUACCUUAGGGUGAUAUCAGUCUGAUGAUCCGACUGGGUACCGUCACCUUAGGGUGAUAUUAGUCUGAUGAUCCGACUGGGUACCGUCACCUUAGGGUGAUAUUAGUCUGAUGAUCCGACUGGGUACUGUCACCUUAGGGUGAUAUUAGUCUGAUGAUCCGACUGGGUACUGCUACCUUAGGGUGAUAUUAGUCUGAUGAUCCGACUGGGUACCGUCACCUUAGGGUGAUAUUAGUCUGAUGAUCCGACUGGGUACCGUCACCUUAGGGUGAUAUUAGUCUGAUGAUCCGACUGGGUACCGUCACCUUAGGGUGAUAUUAGUCUGAUGAUCCGACUGGGUACCGCCACCUUAGGGUGAUAUUAGUCUGAUGAUCCGACUGGGUACCGUCGCCUUAGGGUGAUAUUAGUCUGAUGAUCCGACUGGGUACCGUUGCCUUAGGGUGAUAUUAGUCUGAUGAUCCGACUGGGUACCGUCGCCUCAGGGUGAUAUUAGUCUGAUGAUCCGACUGGGUACCGUCACCUUAGGGUGAUAUUAGUCUGAUGAUCCGACUGGGUACCAUCACCUUAAGGUGAUAUUAGUCUGAUGAUCCUACUGGGUACUGCUACCUUAGGGUGAUAUUAGUCUGAUGAUCCGACUGGGUACCGUCACCUUAGGGUGAUAUUAGUCUGAUGAUCCGACUGGGUACCGUCACCUUAGGGUGAUAUUAGUCUGAUGAUCCGACUGGGUACUGUCACCUUAGGGUGAUAUUAGUCUGAUGAUCCGACUGGGUACCGUCGCCUUAGGGUGAUAUUAGUCUGAUGAUCCGACUGGGUACCGUCGCCUUAGGGUGAUAUUAGUCUGAUGAUCCGACUGGGUACCGUCGCCUCAGGGUGAUAUUAGUCUGAUGAUCCGACUGGGUACCGUCGCCUUAGGGUGAUAUUAGUCUGAUGAUCCGACUGGCUACCGUCACCUUAGGGUGAUAUUAGUCUGAUGAUCCGACUGGGUACCGCUACCUUAGGGUGAUAUUAGUCUGAUGAUCCGACUGGGUACCGCUACCUUAGGGUGAUAUUAGUCUGAUGAUCCGACUGGGUACUGUCACCUUAGGGUGAUAUUAGUCCGAUGAUCCGACUGGGUACCGUCACCUUAGGGUGAUAUUAGUCUGAUGAUCCGACUGGGUACCGUCACCUUAGGGUGAUAUUAGUCUGAUGAUCCGACUGGGCACUGUCACCUUAGGGUGAUAUUAGUCUGAUGAUCUGACUGGGUACUGCUACCUUAGGGUGAUAUUAGUCUGAUGAUCCGACUGGGUACUGCUACCUUAGGGUGAUAUUAGUCUGAUGAUCCGACUGGGUACCGUCACCUUAGGGUGAUAUUAGUCUGAUGAUCCGACUGGGUACUGCUACCUUAGGGUGAUAUUAGUCUGAUGAUCCGACUGGGUACUGCUACCUUAGGGUGAUAUUUGUCUGAUGAUCCAACUGAGUACUGUCACCUUAGGGUGAUAUUAGUCUGAUGAUCCGACUGGGUACCGUCACCUUAGGGUGAUAUUAGUCUGAUGAUCCGACUGGGUACCGUCACCUUAGGGUGAUAUCAGUCUGAUGAUCAGUCUGGGUACCGUCACCUUGGGAUGAUAUUAGUCUGAUGAUCCGACUGGGUACCGUCACCUUAGGGUGAUAUUAGUCUGAUGAUCCGACUGGGUACUGUCACCUUAGGGUGAUAUUAGUCUGAUGAUCCGACUGGGUACCGUCACCUUAGGGUGAUAUUAGUCUGAUGAUCCGACUGGGUACUGUCACCUUAGGGUGAUAUUAGUCUGAUGAUCCGACUGGGUACUGUCACCUUAGGGUGAUAUUAGUCUGAUGAUAUGCCAUGGCUGCUAUCAGUCUAAAAACAAUCUAUUAAAUUAAAUUUUCAUUUACAUUACAAGAACAUUUUCAAAUAACUGUUUCUUCUAAUAUCGGGUCAACAUUUAUUUCGUUAUAAUUAAUUAUAUAAGUGUGUAUUUUUGUUGAUUAAAAAACUGACAUGGAUCCUUAUCCAAUGUUACAAACAGUGGUGUGAUACCUUCUGUUGGUGAUGACUAAAGUGUGGAUGUGUGUACAAGGUGUUGUAGAAAAUAAAACAUUUUGUUUUUUUAAA